ACAAAGCACGUGGGUUUUGGUUUUGCCGUGCAGCACAGAUAUAUUAAAUUGUUUGAAAGGCACGCGAUUUAACCAAGAAAUCAUGCCAAAAGUACGCAGCACAACGGGCAAGCCCCGGACCCAGGGGUUCAACCAUUCCAACCAUUCGAUGAAUCCAGAAAGGCCAAAGGAUGGACUAAAAGGUGUUGCCCAUCCCCGAACGAAGGGGACCAUUAAACGGCUCCAGAUGUACCGCAACUUCAAAGCCAAGCGUGAUCGUACCGGCAAGAUUAUCUGUCCGGCUCCGUUUCAGGGUCGCCUGCCUGCUGGUACAAUGGCCAGAGUGGAGCCCACACCGAAAUGGUUCAGCAACUCUCGUGUGAUAUCACAAACGGCUCUGCAAAAGUUCCAGAAUGAGAUUGGCAAGGCCGUCAAGGAUCCCUAUCAAGUCAUUAUGAAGCCAUCACAGCUGCCAGUGACGCUAUUCAAUGAGGCCUCAAAAUACAAGCGCGUCCACCUUCUGGACACAGAAAGCUUCGACAGCGUAUUCGGGCCCAAGAAGCAACGCAAACGUGUCAGCCUUAAAGUGCGUGAUCUGGAGGAUUUGAGCAAGGCGGCGGGUGAACAGGCUGAUAUAUACGAUUCUACCAAGGACAUAGAUCUGAUACGCGAAGACACUGGCGAAAAGAAGUCCGUGCGAGAUUGGGUGUUUGGUGCUGGAGGGAGCAUACGUAUCUGGAACGAGCUUCAUAAGGUCGUAGACGCUUCCGACGUUCUGCUUCAGGUCUUGGAUGCCCGCGAUCCCAUGGGCACACGCUCCAAAUACAUCGAGGAGUUCCUGCGCAAAGAGAAGCCGCACAAGCACUUGUUCUUCAUUCUGAACAAAGUGGAUCUGGUGCCUGUCUGGGUCACGCAGCGUUGGGUGGCCAUCCUCAGUGCAGAGUAUCCCACAAUCGCGUUCCAUGCCUCUCUUCAACAUCCAUUUGGCAAAGGUCAGUAAUAUAAUUAUUAAUUU